AUAAAAACUCGACCUUUCAUAUAAAAUAGACACACUAAAAUUGACGGAUCAAAUGCUUGCUUUCCAGUUUCGACAUCAAAUGGAAGCAUUAAACUUUGUAGCUUUCUGUGUAGCGAUUUGCUUGCAUUUCACAUUUUGUUAUUCCCUAAAUUGCUUGUCUUGUCAGAAAAUUGAUGACCCUCGAACCUGCAACAGUACGAUAUCAUGUCAAAAUUCACAGGUAUGCUACUUGAAUGUAUCAGCAGGAAUAUAUAAAAUGGGAUGUGCUGAUAACCAACAUUGUGGUGGGAUAUCAAGUGUAGGUAUCAUUGGACGAGAUGUGACGUCACGUCAAACGUCAAAUUGUCUAGAGUGUUGUUCUUCAGACAGUUGUAACUCCGACUUGUGCAAGCACAUGAAACCCACAUUGUGUAUUGACGAUGAAACAGUUGACUGUGCACGUAUAAAUACAAUAUUUCAUGUAUGUAAAGACAUCCAACAAGCUAAACUGGUUUGUCCAAAGUUUUGUGGUCUGUGUCAAUUAGUUGAUGGACAGUGGAGUGCCUGGUCAUCGUGGUCAAGUUGUGACGUCACUUGCAGUUUAGGCUUCCAGACGAAAACUAGAACUUGCACGAAUCCUGCACCAGCAAAUGGUGGACUUGACUGUAUAGGAAAUAACACAGACAAUAAACAAUGUCAAAAUGAUCCGUGUCCUGUUCACGGGAUAUGGAGCAAUUGGGGAUCGUGGGGGUCGUGUUCUGUUUCAUGUGACGUCGGAAUGCAACGCCGAGAUAGGUCUUGCUCGAACCCUUAUCCUAGCCGAAAUGGAGACCAUUGUUUCGGAGAAUCACGUGAUGAUAGACUAUGUUUUCCUGGUGCUUGUGCAGAUGGUAAGUGGUCAAGUUGGGAAAACUGGGGUUCUUGUAGCGUGAGCUGUGAAGGCGGAAUUCAAAGUCGGCUAAGAACAUGUUCUAACCCGAGACCAUCAUUAUCUGGAAGGAAUUGUGGCGGAAGUUCGGAGCAAACAAGAUUGUGUAACAAAUAUGCAUGUGCAGAUGGUGGGUGGUCAAGUUGGGAAAACUGGGGUUCUUGCAGUGUCAGUUGUGGAGGUGGUAUUCAAAGUCGUCUAAGGACAUGUUCUAACCCAACACCAUCUUUAUUAGGAAGAUAUUGUAACGGAAGUCCGGACGAAAUAAGAACUUGCAACAAACAACUGUGUGCAGAGUUAAAAGUGGCAUUUACAGCACACAGCUUAGAUAGAAGCUCAACAUCAACAACUACCCUUGUGUUCAGAUCAGUAUACAUUAACUAUGGCAAUGCAUACAGCCCUUUAACGGGGAAAUUUACUUGUAAAGUCCCUGGAUUAUAUUAUUUUUCUGUAACGCUAACAAAGGGCUAUUAUGCUAAAUUGGGUUCGGUUUCCGCUUAUUUAAGGAUCAAUGCUUAUGUUCAUUUGUACAUGUGGUAUGACCCAUAUGAUGACGACGACAAGUUUGAAUAUGGAGCGACCCCGUUAACACAGUCUGGAACGUUUCACCUGAAUAAAAAUGAUGUUGUAGAUAUUUACGGUAUUCCUUACAAUUUUUCAGAGUAUGACAGGACUAGUACAUUUACAGGAUACUUGAUAACACCCGAUUAGGUUUUAUAAUAUAUGCGAGAUAGUCCCUCUUAUUAAAUAUUUAAAUGUAAAGAUGCAUGUUUAAACACAUUUACGAAUAAUAAUCAAGUUUAUUACAGAAGAUUUUAAGUAAAAUUCAACUGAACUGUCCUGUCUAGACAAAUUCUAUUAGAGUCUUUUAUAACAACAUUUCAAAUAAACAUCCUGAUAAAAAUUAAAAAGCCAAUGUACGAAAUGAAAUCAUAAAGUGAAUAUUGAUGUUGAAUCAUCACUUGAUUCGAGUCUGGUCAGGUACUAGUUAUUAUUUUAUGUAGGAAUAUUAUGCAAAAAAAUUACGAAAUUUGUUGGUUGUACUAAAGAAACCGAUCCUGUUUUUUCAUGUUUAUUUAAGCUUUUCUUACAACAUAAUACAUAUGAUUUUAGUUACAUGUAGUUUCUUGUGUGUAUGAUCCUCUUGUCUUUUAUCAUUAUUCUUAUAUAGAAUGGCUAUGUACAUGUUGUAUGAUAUUUUAUACUGUAGACAUGUUUUAAAGUGCUCGAGGUAUUCCUUAACCAGUUAAAACCCAAAGUUGCUACGACUAAAACCUGACCGACAGUAAAUCAACAACAACUUGGCCAUAAAUAUUCUCUUUUUUAAUCAGCGUAUCAUUCUGUAAAAAGAAUUGAAACAUGAUACAGAAAAUGUUUAUUAUGAUUGUGAUAUUUUUUACUACAUUAUAAAAAUUUUAAUUAUAGUAUUCAGUGUUUAAUUGUUGAGAUAUAAGUACUCGAAAAUCUGUGU